AUGUCCAGUCUGCUAAAUCAGGCAAUUGUGGUGAGUGAAAAUAUGAAUAGUUCCUUGACCCGAUUUGAAAGCCUUGUGAACCGACUGCAAUCUGGCGAUGGUACUUUUGCAAAAUUGCUAUCGGAUGCAGCGCUUUACACGAAUCUGGAUCAGGCGACAAACAGCGUCUCGGAGUUCGUCGGAGAGUUAAACGAAGGGGAUGGCUUGCUCCCCCAACUCCUCUCCAAGAAGGAGAUUGCUGAGAAUGUUACGCAAAGCACCGCUUGGGCAGCAAAGUGGGGGCAACAAGCAGUUCAAGGCGAAGGCACGUUAGGGAAACUAAGUGCCGAUCCUGCCCUCUUUAACCGGACGGAACGCAUUCUAGAAAGCCUCGAAAGUCUUGAAGCGCGUUUCAAUCGACUUGAUGCGCUAAUCGGAUCUGCCGAUACCCUCAUCCAAAAAAUCGAGAGCGGCGAAGGAACGGCAGCCAGAAUCAUCAAUCGUCCCGAUCUGUAUGAUCAAUCUGUCGUAACUUCCCAAAAGGUAGAACAGUUAAUUGAUCAGGCGCAAUCAGGUGAAGGUACAGUUAGCAAACUCGUUUCGGAUCCGUCUUUGGCAGAAUCUAUUACAACUUCUACCGAAUCAAUUGCCCGACUCACCGACAAACUGAAUACACCCGGAAACACGCUGGACAAACUGACAUCGGGAGCUGAACUAUUUGAUCGCCUGACCGCAACGACAAAACAGUUAGAAACCGUGCUCGUGAAGAUUAACACCGGGGAAGGCUCACUGAGCAAACUUGCCAACGAUAAGAAAACUGCUGAAGAGCUCACGACACUGAUUUAUAAUCUCAAGGUACUGGCUGCAGAUAUCGAAGCACAUCCCAAGAAGUAUGUGGGAUUCAGUCUUUUUUAG